AUGCCGCUUAUAACCCAUAUCUCCUACGAUCAUGAACACCCACUUUUAACUCAUAAUAACUCCUACAAUCAUGAACACCCACUUUUAACUCAUAAUAUCUCCUACGAUCAUGAACACCCACUUUUAACCCAUAAUAUCUCCUACGAUCAUGAACACCCGCUUUUAAUGCAUAAUAUCUCUUACGAUCAUGAAAACCCGCUUUUAACCCAUAAUAUCUCCUAUGAUCAUGAACACCCGCUUUUAACCCAUAAUAUCUCCUAUGAUCAUGAACACCCGCUUUUAACCCAUAACAUCUCCUACGAUCAGGAACACCCGCUUUUAACCCAUAAUAUCUCUUACGAUCAGGAACACCCGCUUUUAACCCAUAAUAUCUCCUACGAUCAUGAACACCCGCUUUUAACCCAUAAUAUCUCCUAUGAUCAUGAACACCCGCUUUUAACCCAUAACAUCUCCUACGAUCAGGAACACCCGCUUAUAACCCAUAAUAUCUCCAACGAUCAUGAACACCCACUUUUAACCCAUAAUAACUCCUACAAUUAUGAACACCCGCUUAUAACCCAUAAUAUCUCCUACGAUGAUGAACACCCGCUUUUAACUCAUAUCUCCUACGAUCAUGAACACCAGCUUUUAACCCAUAAUAUCUCCCAUGAUCAUGAACACCCGCUUUUAACCCAUAAUAUCUCCUAUGAUCAUGAACAUCCACUUUUAACCCAUAAUAUCAGCUACGAUCAUGAACACCCACUUUUAACCCAUAAUAUCUCCUAUGAUCACGAACUUCUGCUUUAA